GUCAUGUGUCCCCCAAAAUUCCCUGGCCCGAGAGUGGACGAGGGGCAGUUCUCUGACAGGCAGUGGGGAACUGCCCCAAGGAAGGACAUGAAGACAGUCCUCCAAGGGGAGCGGGAGACACCUGCUCUCUAGACAUGUCCCAGGGAGAGGGGUGCAGGGGUGUGGGUGGUGAGCUGGUGCAGCUGUGCACGUCCAGCGUGGCCGGCGGGGCAGGAGCUCCUCCCUCAGCAGGGUUCAGUGACCUCUUCCCCAAGUCCUACUGGCUGGUGGAGCCUUGGCUGGGUGACCCGUUGAGGGCGCAGCAUUCCCACCUCAAGAUGAGGUGGCCGGGCUCAGGCUCAGGUGACCGGUCCAAGAGGCAGCCUUCCAGGUGGUCAGGCUCAGGGAAGUCAAGGAGCCCAGGGGCCCCGCCUCUGGGCCUGUGGGCUUUUCUGGUGGCCUCAGCACUCCUUUUCCAGCCCUUUCCUGCAGCCUCCAAGAGGGGCUGCCUGGAGCGGUUUGGGCCGCAGUCACGUGGGAUGACGACGCCAUCUGCACCACUGAGUACUCACGCAUAGUGUCCCUGGAGAAUGGUGAGAUCGUGGUGUCCCUGAUGAAUGGGCACCCAGGGCCUAUGAACUACUCCUACUCGCCACUGCUGCGCAACUUCACCAAAGCCACCAACAUCUGCCUACGUUUCCUGCGCACCAACAACACACUGCUGGGUCACCUCAUGGGCAAGGCGCUGUGGGCCCCCACAGUCAUGCACCAGGACAUGAGCAUCGGCGGCUGCUGCGUCUGCCAUGGCCACGCAGACAUCUGCGAUGCCAAGGACCCUUCGGACCCUCUCAGGAAAGGCCGUUUCAGAUCCUGGCUCCGAAGACGCUGA